CAUGUCUCAAUUCUCACUUCUCCUUUCCCUUUUGUCAAUUCCCUCAGCCAGCUCAUUUUCACCGCUCCUGUCCCACCACUCGGACUGGUGAGGGCCCAGCCAUGGGCUGGGGGCUCUGGGGGGUCUUGCUCACCUGGGCACUGCUGGCAUGGGUGACAGGGGCUGAGCAGUCCCAGGAACUCUUGUCCUCUUCAGGGUUUGGGGUGUGCAGCAAGAACUUGAAUCUCUCACGCCUAGAAGUUCUGCCGGGAGGGGGCUGGGAUAACCUCAGGAAUUUGGAUAUGGGCAAAGUUAUCAACCUGGGCUACUCACAGUGCAAGACCACAGAAGAUGGAUCUUACCUCAUCCCAGACGAGAUCUUCACUAUCCCCCGCAAGCAGAGCAACCUGGACAUCAACUCUGAGAUCAUCGAGUCCUGGAAGGAUUACCAGAGCAUCACCUCUGCCUCCAUCAACCUGGAGCUGUCACUCUUCUCCUCCAUCAAUGGCAAAUUCUCUGACGACUUCCACCGCACCAAGACCCACCACGUGAGAGACCAGGCUGUCACCACUCGGGUGCAAGUCAGGAACCUGGUUUACACUGCCAAGAUCGACCCCGAGGCGGCCCUGGACGAGGCCUUCAAGAAGCAGCUGCUGACCAUCGCCAGCCACCUGGAGAACAACCAGACCCAGAUGGCCGAUUUUCUGGCCGAGGUGCUGGUGGUCAACUACGGCACCCACGCCAUCACCUCCGUGGACGCGGGAGCCACCCUGGUGCAGGAGGACCAGAUCAAGGCUACCUUCCUGAAGGACAGCUGGGCCACACGGAACACCGUCACCGCCUCGGCCGGCGCGGCCUUCCACAGCAUCGUCAGUGUGGGAACCAAAGAAUCCCUGGACUCCAGCUCUGCCUUCACCAAGCAGUACCUGGAGAACCGCACCAACUCCAGGGUGGAGAGCAUCGGCGGGACCCCCUUUUACCCAGGCAUCACCCUGAAGACGUGGCAGGAGAGGAUUCAAAACCAGCUGGUGGCCCUGGACCGCUCGGGGCUGCCCCUGUACUACUUCAUCAAGCCGAGCGCAGUGCCGGAGCUGCCGGCGCCCACGGUGAGGAGGGUGGCCCAGCGCGUGGAGCUUGCCAUCCGCCGCUACUACGCCUUCAACACCGCCCCGGGCUGCACCGACGCCUCCUCGCCCAACUUCAACUUCCACGCCAACACCGACGACGGUUCCUGCAAGGGCACCAGGGCCAACUUCACCUUCGGGGGAGUCUUCCAGGAGUGCGUCGGCCUGGGCGGUCCCGACACCGGCGCGCUGUGCCGGGCGCUGGAGCAGAGGAACCCCCUCACCGGGGCCUUCUCCUGCCCCGCCACCUACACCCCGGUGCUGCUGGGUGUGCAGGAGCGGGAGGAGGGUCACAGCCACCUGGAGUGCCACAACAAGUGCACCUUGGGCAUUUUCUGCCACCGUAAGUGCCAGGACGUCUUCUGGCUCUCCCGGGUGCAGUUCAGCGCCUACUGGUGCGCCGCGAACGGGUCGGUGGCUCCAAACUCGGGAUACCUCUUUGGGGGGCUGUUCAGCACCCACAGCACCAACCCUAACACCGGAGCCCAUUCCUGUCCCUCGGGCUACUUCCCACUGAAGCUCUUCGGCGAGCUCAGAGUGUGCGUGAGCCAGGAUUAUGAGCAGGGGACCGAGUACGCGGUGCCCUUCGGGGGCUUCUUCAGCUGCCAGGCGGGGAACCCCCUGGCUGGGCAGCACCACGGCACGGCUGAGGACCCCCACGCCAAGGGCUGUCCCCCGGGCUUCAGCCAGCACCUGGCACUCAUCAGCGACAGCUGCCAGGUGCAGUUCUGUGUCCAGGCCGGCCGCUUCACUGGGGGCUCGCUGCCUCCCGCCCGCCUGCCCCCCUUCACCCGGCCCCCCGCCAACCUGCCGGCCGUGGACACCCUGCUGGUGCGGGACGGGGACAGCACCUGGGUGAGGGACGGCCAGAGCCACGUAUGGCGGCUGGCACGGCCGGAGGAGGUCCAGAACGUGGCCGAAAUCGUCAGGGGCCGGGGGCUGUCAGGGGGAGAGGUGGCUGGGGUCACCGUGGCCGUGCUGGCGGGGCUGGCUACCGUCCUGGGGACAGCCUGGUACGGCCACCGGCGCUACAGGGCCAGGGGAUACCGAGCGCUGGGCACAGGGGACAGCCCGGCCCCUGCCAGCCCCGAGCACAGCACGGUGCUGAACGUGGGCGAGGGGUACCAGCAAGAGCCGGAGGGGACGGUGCCCUGAGUGCCCCCUCCCCUUGUACCCCAAACCCAAAGGAAAAGGAAGGAGCAGAGGGGCCCCGUGGAGGGUUAUUUCCCAAGUCCUGCAUGCUGCAAGCUGCAACCCCUGUCUCCAUGUAUAUCUAUCGGGAUAGAUAUACACACGCAUGCAGAGAGGCACGGAGCAGUUUUAUUUCAGCCAGCAACUCAUCGUGUAGUCAACAGAGCAUUAAAAAAAAAGGAAAAAAAAAAAAAA